AUGUGCAAUUGUUGGCAGUAUCUUCAUGAGGAUGACUACACAAGCAAUGGCAUUGUUGGUUGCACUCAGCCACGUCGUGUAGCUGCCAUGAGCGUUGCCAAAAGAGUUAGUGAGGAGAUGGAAACUGAACUUGGCGAUAAAGUUGGAUAUGCAAUACGUUUCGAGGAUGUCACUGGGCCCAACACUGUCAUUAAGUACAUGACUGAUGGUGUGCUUCUGAGGGAGACUCUCAAAGAUGCUGACCUGGAAAAAUAUCGUAUUGUUGUAAUGGAUGAAGCACACGAGCGAUCCCUUAGCACAGAUGUCCUCUUUGGCAUCCUUAAGAAAGUCGUCGCCAGGCGCCGUGACUUCAAGCUCAUCGUGACAUCAGCCACCCUUAAUGCCCAGAAGUUCUCUGAUUUCUUCGGGAGUGUACCCAUAUUCCACAUCCCGGGACGAACUUUCCCGGUCCAGAUCCUCUACAGCAAAACACCCUGCGAAGACUACGUAGAAGCUGCCGUUAAACAAGCCUUAACAAUCCACAUCACUAGCCCCCCUGGCGACAUUCUCAUCUUCAUGACGGGCCAAGACGAAAUCGAGGCCACGUGCUAUGCCCUAGCCGAGCGCAUGGAGCAGCACGCCACCAAGAAAGAAAUCCCGAAGCUUUUAAUCCUCCCCAUAUACUCCCAGCUCCCGGCUGAUCUCCAAGCCAAGAUCUUCCAGAAGGCCGAGGACGGGGCUCGAAAGUGCAUCGUGGCCACAAACAUUGCCGAGACUUCCCUCACCGUCGAUGGAAUUUUUUACGUAAUCGACACGGGUUACGGCAAGAUCAAAGUCUAUAACCCGCGCAUGGGCAUGGAUGCUCUCCAAGUUUUCCCCGUCAGUCGGGCUGCUGCAGACCAGCGGGCCGGACGAGCGGGCCGGACUGGGCCCGGAACUUGCUACCGCCUCUUCACCGAAUCUGCGUACCUCAACGAGAUGCUCCCGAGCCCAGUCCCUGAGAUCCAGCGCACAAACCUCGGCAAUGUUGUCUUACUUCUCAAGUCACUCAAAAUCGAAAACCUGCUCGAUUUCGACUUCAUGGAUCCUCCCCCGCAGGAGAAUAUCCUCAACUCGAUGUACCAGCUCUGGGUGCUCGGAGCGUUGAGCAACGUGGGUGAUCUAACCGACCUCGGCUGGAAAAUGGUCGAGUUUCCGCUCGACCCGCCGCUCGCCAAAAUGCUUCUGAUGGGCGAAAAGCUGGGAUGCCUUAACGAGGUUUUGACGAUCGUGUCCAUGCUUUCGGUCCCAUCGGUUUUCUUCCGGCCCAAGGAUCGAGCCGAGGAAAGCGACGCUGCUCGGGAGAAAUUCUUCGUGCCGGAAUCCGACCACCUGACGCUACUCAACGUGUACCAACAGUGGAAAGGUAAGCAGUACAGGGGAGAUUGGUGCAACGACCACUUUUUACACGUGAAGGGGUUGAAAAAGGCUCGGGAGGUGAGGUCACAGCUGCUCGAUAUCCUCAAGACGCUUAAAAUCCCGCUGACAUCGUGCGGGCCCGACUGGGAUGUCGUGCGAAAAGCUAUAUGCUCGGCAUAUUUCCACAACUCGGCUCGGCAGAAGGGUGUUGGGGAGUAUGUUAACUGUAGGAAUGGGAUGCCAUGCCAUUUGCACCCGAGCAGUGCUAUAUAUGGGCUCGGUUACACUCCGGAUUAUGUGGUGUACCACGAGCUGGUGCUGACGAGCAAGGAGUAUAUGCAGUGUGCAACAGCUGUCGAGCCGCAAUGGCUAGCGGAGCUUGGGCCCAUGUUUUUCUCGGUGAAGGACUCGGAUACAUCAAUGCUGGAGCAUAAGAAGAAGCAGAAGCAGGAAAAGACGGCUAUGGAGGAAGAGAUGGAGAGCCUGAGGAAGGUGCAAGAGAUGAGAGAGAAGGAGGGAAAAGGAAAAUAA